AUGGCCAUCAACUCCCACCACCGUCUGUCCCAAUAUACCAGGCUGUCCUUUGGUGUCAAAACUGCCCCGGCCCUAUUCCAACAACCGAUGAACACAAUGCACUCCGGCAUCCCUGGCACAGCUGGGUACCUGGACGACAUUAUCGUGGGGCGCUCCCCUGCCGAGCUGCAAGACCGAGUGUGCGCAGUACUCGAACGUGUGCAAGAAUAUGGCUUCCGCCUGCGGGCCGACAAGUGCCAAAUCUUCCUCGACUCCAUCACGUACCUGGGAUUCGUUUUUGACGUCGCCGGUCGCCAUCCAGAUCUUGAAAACAUUCGAGCCAUCCAACGGAUGCCUGCACCCAAGAAUGUAUCGCAACUUCGUUUGCUCCUUGGCCUGAUCAGCUACUAUAGCGCCUUCCUACCAUCUAUGCGUGACGUACGGGCUCCGCUCAACAGUCUGCUACAGGAGGAUGCUCCCUGGUGCUGGUCCUCCGUCUUCGAAAAGGAUUUCGCCCAGCUAAAGUCGAUGUUGAUCUGCUGCUCACGCACAACGACACGACGCUGCUGA